AAUUUAUGAUACAGACCCCACCUAAAUCCUUUUUAUUUUGAUCCCUGCUUUUUAUUUUCUUCUUGUUCUUCUCUUGUUGGAGCUUUCAAACUCUCACAACCAACAAAAUUCUCUCGCUAACUCUGGUCAAAAAGAGUAAAAUUUUUUGUUAAAGUUCUGCACUUUUUCUUGGAAAAUCAAAGUGGGUCAAAUUUGAUUUGGUGUUUCUAGGUUCUUUCAAGAGCUCUUUGCCUUUGUCAAAUCUUCAUAUACCCCUUUUCUUUUGGUGAGGAAGUGGUUCUUUUUCUUUUUGGGUUUUUGUUGCAAUUAUAAGUUCACUGUGACCAUCAAUUAAUUUUACGUCAUAUCCAUGGCUUCUUCAUUGAGUAGCACUCUCAAUAUCUCUAGAAUGAAUGAGAUUAUUCUGAGCUCAAAAACUUCAGCCGCUUCUGGGAUUUGCCCAUCUUUUGUUGCUGCACGAAUUGGAGAAUCGACAACCAAGGACUUCCCUAUUUUGAGAAUCGAUUUCAUGGGCAAACCACUUGUUUUUCCUGAAGAAAAGAGCACAAAAGAUUCCAGUAUCAAAGCCCCAAGCAGUUUCUCUGUUCGUGCACAAGCUUCGAUCUGUGUGAGCAGAGCUCUGAGAUGGUGGGAGAAGACUCUUAAACCCAACAUGGUAGAGAUCCAUUCAGCUCAAGAACUUGUACACUCUUUGCUUUAUGCUGGUGAUAAAUUAGUGAUUAUUGACUUCUAUUCUCCUGGAUGUGGGGGCUGCAAAUCUCUUCAUCCCAAGAUUUGUCAGCUGGCUGAAUCCAACCCCGACGCAAUUUUUCUAAAAGUAAACUAUGAAGAGCUCAAAACCAUGUGCCACUGUCUCCACAUUCAUGUCCUGCCGUUCUUUAGGUUCUAUAGAGGCGCAGAGGGGCGUCUGUGUAGCUUUAGCUGCACUAAUGCAACUGUCAAGAAAUUCAAGGAUGCAUUGGCAAAGCAUGGGGCAGAUCGGUGUAGCCUAGGCCCAGCCAAGGGAUUAGAUGAAUCUGAGUUAAAGACAUUGGCAUCCAUUGGAGAAUUGCCAAUAGGCUUGCCUUUAACAUCCACUAAAGAAGACAGAGUGGAGGAUUUGAUUAUGAAAAGUAUUGAUUUAACUGGUGUUCGGUUUUUUAAAGAGGAAACUGCUGUUGGAGUUUGAAUUAUAAUACUAAGUAUGUUGGAGAUUGCAUUGGCUAGUUUUUGUUCUUGAAUUGUAAAUAUUCAUCUGCUGUUGGAUUUCCACAAGCAGGCUAGGCUUCCAGGUCCUGUUUUUUUUUUCCCCAACCUUGAGCCCUAGUGAGUCGAGUAAAAUUAUUUAGGGAUUGGAGUUUGUAUUCCUGGCAAGAAUCAUAUAUCAACUCGUCAGAGUUUAUUGAAUUUUA